CUUGGCCAGUUUAGCAACUAAACCUCCGUGUGAGGGGAAGUCAGAGCAGCGCGGCGCGGCGACAUCUGUCGCCGGAAAACACGAUGUUUUCACCUCGUCUGUUUCUUUUCUGUGGUUUGUGUGCGGAAUGAUAUUUUAGGACAGGGAUGCGAGCUAAACACUUUCAGCUGAUCGCAGACAGACGAGGACUUUACCAGGUGGGCGAGGAGAGCGGAGGAUCAUUCUUGCUUUGCUGCUCGAGGAUGCAGGACUAGUGCUGCUUGGACCAUAGAGUGGACAGAAGGUUAGCAGUGCCAUGGCUCAGUUCAAGCUGCAGAAUGUGGAGGACUUUUAUGAGAUAGGAGAGAUACUGGGCAGUGGUCACUUUGGGCAGGUGCGGGAGCUGCGAGAGCGGGUCAGCGGUGUGUCCUGGGCGGGAAAGUUUGUGAAGCUCCGGCGGAGCGUGAGCAGCAGGCUGGGUCUGGAGAGGAAGACGGUGGAGCGUGAAGUGGAGAUCCUGCAGGCCCUGCAGCACAACAACAUCAUGGCCCUCAAAGACGUGUUCGAGAGCAGGGCUGAGGUGGUCCUCGUCGUGGAACUUAUUUGUGGUGGGGAGCUCUUUGACUUCAUCGCAGAAAAGGAGAACCUGAUGGAGAAUGACGCGAUCGAGUUCCUGAAGCAGAUUCUGAAGGGGGUUGCCUUCAUGCACAACAAACACAUCGCCCACUUUGACCUGAAGCCAGAGAACAUCAUGCUGUCAGAUAAAAAGGCUGAGCACCCAGAGAUUAAGAUAAUUGAUUUUGGACUGGCCCAGCGUCUCACCACAGGAGAGGAGUACAGGAGCCUGUGUGGAACUCCUCAGUACAUCGGUCCUGAGGUGAUAAACUAUGAACCCCUGAGUACAGCAUCUGACAUGUGGAGUAUCGGCGUGAUUACCUACAUACUAUUAAGUGGUAUGUCGCCUUUUCAAGGAGACUCGGAUGAGGAGACACUAAGAAACAUUGUAGAUAUGAAGUAUGAAUUUGAGGACCAGUACUUUAGCCAGACGAGCGACAUGGCCAAGGACUUCAUUGAGAAGCUUCUCAUAAAAGAUCCCAGUGAGAGAAUGACAGCAGAGGAAUGUUUAUUGCACCCUUGGAUCAAGCCCCUGACACGUAAGCAGGCUGCUAACAGGAGCCGCUCAUCUAUCAACAUGAAAAACUUCAAGAAGUUCAAUGCCAGAAGAAAGUGGAAGAUGUCCUAUAAUAUGGUGUGGGCGUGCAACAGACUGUCCCGUCUUCAGCUGCUAUGUAAGAGGGCUAAGGAGGACGAGGAGCUGAGAAGCUGUGAGAGUGACCAAGAGGACAUAGAGACCAAGCCAGCCUCCCUCAUCCGCCGCAGACUGAGCAGCAGUUCCUGAGCAGCAGUUCUGCCCACAGUUCAUUAGCGUCCAUUGUUCAGAUGAAAUACAUAAGGUCAUACAGUAUCCCAAAGAUUUCUAUUCUUGCAGACUGAAUCCAUCAAAAUUCACAGUUUAUUCACACUUUACCUUCCACUGAUUUGUAUCAUAGCCAUAUGUGCAACUAUCAUUAUACAUUUUUAAAGGGGUUUUAAUAUUGUGUAUUUAUAUUUUGUAAAUGCAUUUCAAAAAAUAUUUGAGUUUAUGAGAAAAAUGAAUUUAACUGUAUGACUAAUCAACAAAGAGAAACCAUACAUUCUCUUUGAAACUUUCAAAGUCAAAAAGCCUGAAGCCUAAAAAAAGCCGUUGUUUCAUGUGGUAAAUCCUUGUUUGAAUUUAAGAAGAGGAGACCACUUCAUCAAUAUCUGAGACCACAACCUACUCAAACUGAAAAUACCCCUCAUAUAAUAUAAAAUAACUUUAACUUGUACAUGGACUCGCUUUUGAAGUAGUUUUUUUAUGUCUUGAUCUUGAAGAGUGUCUUUUGUUUAUGUUUACAUUCAUAAUUCAUUAAUGAUAUUUCAGUGGCACGUUCUUGCGGGGGCAAACAAAACAACUAGCAUGCUAAUGUUUUAUGCUAAUAUCCUAAGCGGCCUUAAGGUUAUCUUGGUCAUUAAACAGCAUGUGAACUGUUAGACCGUUUACCAUCUGAGCACAUUUUACUUCUAGGAUAAGAUUGGGAAAUUAUGUUCCAUGUGUCUUGGUGGAACCUGAGUGUUAAUACUUUUUAUGUUGGAGGACCUUGUUUGUGUAGCAUGCCAGCUAAAGCUAGCACACACAGUGCCUCAUUUGAAGUAGAGUUUGGAGUCUCAUAAUUCCUCUGAUUGUGUUUUAGCAAAGUUGAAAGUUGUGUCUCAAGGAAAAUGGUUCAUUUUUAUUCUAUUAAAUAAAAUAUUUGUGGAACAAAA